ACGGGCUAGAAGCCAUUGGCCAGAGGUUGCCUCGCUUGAACACAGGAAUUCCUUCUUCACCCUGCGUUUAAGGGCGAACUCCCUUGCGGUUGUUGCUCUUCUAAAAUCUGGCUUACUUUGGAAGGCCGGCCACAGCCAUUUUCCUUACUAAACGCAAAGCAAGUUCGAUCCACAACAGUAAAUUAAGUGGUUAAUUUGGAAACUAAGUAAUUAUGAAGCAGGAGUUCAGUCCAGGGAGAGUUAAUGCCCUGCACGAAACUUUGGUGAACAAUGCAGCGGAGUCAGCGUCACCAGAGUACGCCGGACAUGGAGAAGCUAUGGAUUUACCUUUUGUAGUUGUAAAACUUGAAGACGAAACGAAUUCUUCGGACGCAGAAUCGGUAACGGAAUGGACGCGCCCCGUGGAAUUCGCUGAAGACUACGACGAGGAAGCUGGACAAGACCCGAAGUCAGUGACCGAAACAUCUACAUCUAAAAAAUAUCCCUUACUAAAACACGAGUGUCUGGGAGUAAAGUUGAAAAAAAAUGAUGGUCGCAAAUGCUCUUCGCAGGAUUUCAAAGAUGCAGGUGGACCUAAGAAGAGAGCUUCCAAGCAAAAAAACAAGAGCAGUUCCCUGCCCAGCACCAAAGGAAGGACGAAGACAAAGACGAAGACUAAGACGAACACGAAGAGAAGAAUAAGGAGCACGACCCAGUUCUCCAAAAGCCAAGAGGCGUUGAUGCAGACUUUCGUGGAAUCUCACACCGAAGAGUUGUUUAGACCGAACAGGAAAGGGGCUAAUGAAUACCGGUCCCUUUGGAAAGACCUGAUGGCUCGGGUUAACGCUGUAGAAGCCACGGCAAACGGGCACAAGACCUUGAGCGCGGUGCGGAAGUGGGCAGUCACGUUGAAGAAGACAGGCGUCCAUCCAUCAAGACAACACAAGGAACGCAAAACAAGCCUGAGAUCGGCCCCUGGCGUCUCGGCCCCAUACUCCAGAUUCAAGCCUGCGAGCGCGAUCAGUCCACAGCAGGCCACUGAGCCACCUCUCUUCCCCUCCAUGGAGUGUGGUGGGAAGGCGCAAUGCUGUGAGAAGCUGGAAGGUGCACUGUUUGAGGUCCUGAACUUUUGCAAGUUCAUGUGUACAGCCAUCCAGAGAUUGGAGGAGAAGAUUGACAGCCUUCAAUCAAACUCUUCCCACAUUCAGGAAUCGCAUCAGAACUUUCCGAUUACUGAUCAGGUAUCGUGGCACAGAGGGGCGCACUGGGCCCCACCCUCAGGCAGCUCCAGGUUCGGACUGAGCUGCCUGAAUCUACAGAAAAGCCCUUCCCUUGGCCCUCUGGAAGACAACAAAAUGGCCCCUUUUUCCUCCCCUCUUGCCCGCCGCGGCAAGCCACGCCUCCCGCGGUCCAGCCACUCUGGGAAGCCCGCCUCCCUCGCCGACUUCCAGCUCGACCGGCCUACGUCCCAACGGGCAAGACGAGGCGGAAGAAGGCGAAGGGGCCGACAGAGAGGCAGUGGGGGCCCACGCCCAGUGGUACCAGCGAAUCAAGCACUGGUGUUGGGAGCCCCACUUUCAGGGGCCAGCGCUAAGGAUGUCCUGCCAGAAAAGGUGCCCCCGAUGGGACCAAGUAGCACAGCCUCCACAGAGGAUGAACAGCUAGUGCUGAUUGGCAGCUCCUUACGGAAGGUGCAAAUCUCCGCCUCCGAGUACCUGAAGGCCUUCAAGGAGUCGGACCCGCUGGGCGCGGUGGGCGUGAUCCUGAGGGCCGUUUUCCCCGACAGCGUGCUCGCCCACAGCGGGGUCACGGGGAACCAGGCCGCGGGCGUACAGCAGCUGGACCCCAAUAAAAUAGAGGCCAUAAGAGAAUGGCUGGCAGAAAUGUUCCCCAAGCAUGACCUGAAUGUGAGGGGGGUGGACUGGGCCGCCUGCCUGGGGGUCAUCACCAGUGUGAUUAAAGGGCUUCAAAACGCGGAGUGACAGGACAAGGCCUGAAGUGUGAGAGGUGAGCUUAGCCUGAUGGGGAACUGCACAGGGACAGACCUGUCCGCAACACGUUGACAAGACAGCCAGGACAAUCGCAUCGGCAGAAUUUGCAAGAUUCCCCUUGUUUUUGUCUUCACAGACAGGAAAUGCAUAUGCAUUUUUACGUAUUUACUGCAGACUAGCGUUCCAAUAGAGUUGUUGUCUCGCUGCUACUAAUUUGAUGAGACUAAUACGAACUGUGUUUAGUGGAGAAAAGAUGAUGUCUGCGAAUAGUGUUUUGUUCUUUUCCGUUUCAGCAGUUGUUACACUGUGAUUACUAGUGGUUAUUCUCUUAUUGAAAGGGACGUUUUUAAGGGGACACGCUAUACAGUAUAGUCUGAGCCAAAUGAAUUUUUUUAUUUUUCUGAACGGUAGUUCACAAUUGUGAUUUUCUGGUUCUUUGAUGAAAAAUGUUCACAUAAAAUUGCUCAGUACCUUUAACAAA